AUAAUUCAACUUCCGCUAGCGUUAGCGGCCGGUGUUUGUUGACAGCAACAAGCCGCUUAGCACAACUUUACUGUGGGCGUUUCAUUGUGUUUCGGGGUAAAAUGGCAUCAUCUAACUCAUACAAACUCAGGUGCUCCAUCCCGGGCCACGAAAUGGACGUUAGGGGACUCGCAUCGGCUGUUUUUCCAGAGGGAGCUUUCGUGUCUGUGUCCAGAGACCGAACCGGAAGAGUGUGGGUGCCAAACUCAAGCCCUGACAACGGCUUCACAGAGAUGCAUUGUAUGUCUGGCCACUCAAAUUUUGUAUCCUGUGUAUGCUUCAUUGCACCCAGUGAUACAUAUCCGCGAGGACUUAUUGCCACAGGUGGAAAUGAUAAUAACAUUUGUGUUUUCACACUGGACCAACCUCAGCCCCUAUUCACUCUCAAGGGUCACAAAAAUACAGUUUGCACGCUGUCUUCUGGGAAGUUUGGGACACUUUUGAGCGGCUCCUGGGACACCACGGCCAAAGUCUGGCUCAAUGAGAAGUGCAUGAUGACCUUGGAGGGCCACUCUGCAGCAGUGUGGGCAGUGGUCAUCUUACCUGAACAAGGCUUUAUGCUGUCUGGAUCAGCAGAUAAGACCAUCAAGCUUUGGAAAGCCGGACGAUGUGAGAAGACGUUUACAGGUCACGAGGACUGCGUAAGGGGACUAGCAGUGAUCAGCAACACUGAGUUCUUCUCAUGCAGCAAUGACACAAGUAUCAGAAGGUGGCUGGUGACAGGCGAAUGUGUACAGGUCUAUUACAGCCACACCAACUACAUCUACAGCGUGGCUGUCUUCCCAAAUAGCCAUGAUUUCGUAAGCACAGGAGAGGACAGGACUUUGAGGAUAUGGAGGCAGGGAGAGUGCUCUCAGACCAUCCGUCUGCCUGCCCAGUCUGUCUGGUGCUGCUGUAUUCUGCCUAAUGGUGAUAUAGCCAUUGGAGCCAGUGAUGGAAUUAUUCGCGUGUUUACAGAAGCUGAGGACCGCAUAGCUAGUGCAGAGGACCUGCAGGCCUUUGAGGAUGAACUCUCCAAAACCACCAUUGACCCCAAGACAGGCGACCUUGGAGACAUCAAAAUAGAGGACCUUCCUGGAAGGGAACACCUUAAUGAGCCGGGGAAUCGUGACAGACAGACACGGCUGAUUAAAGAUGGACAGAAGGUGGAGGCAUAUCAGUGGAGCGUCAGUGAUGGCCGCUGGAUGAAAAUCGGAGAUGUGGUCGGAGGCUCAAACCAACAGACCUCCAAGAGCGUGAUGUAUGAAGGAAAGGAAUAUGACUACGUGUUCACCAUUGACGUGAAUGAGGGAGGGCCAUCCAUGAAGCUGCCUUACAAUGUGUCAGAGGACCCCUGGCUCACAGCGCACAACUUUUUGCAGAAGAAUGACCUCAGCCCCAUGUUCCUCGACCAAGUUGCCAAUUUUAUAAUAGAAAACACCAAAGGACAUGUGGUGGGAGAAGCCCAGCCUGCUGGUGGUGACCCAUUCACCGGAGGAGCUCGGUACAUCCCCGGGGCUUCUGACGAAAGGGCAGGCUUUGGAGCUGACCCCUUCACAGGCUCCGGUCGCUACAUCCCAGGGUCGGGUCCGAACCCAAGUGCUCCUGUAGGUGUGGCAGAUCCCUUCACAGGAGGAGGUGCCUACUCCUCAGCAGCCCUGAGACAGACGGCAACCAACAUCUACUUCCCCAAGACUGAUGGUGUGACCUUUGAGCAAGCCAAUACCCCGCAGAUCAUUGCCAAGGUGAAGGAGCUGAAUGGAGGCGCCCCUCAGGAGCACAAGCUUUCUGAAGAAAUUCUGGAAAAUCUUGAGAAGUUGCUGGUGUCCGUCUGUGACUUCUCCAACCCUGCCCCAACCAUCCAACAGAUCAACCUGCUCUGGAAGGCCUCUCACUGGCCUGAAGACAUUGUGUUUCCUGUCCUGGACAUUAUGAGGCUGGCAGUGCGCCACCCACUGGUUAACGAGAGCCUCUGUGGAGAGGCAGAGGGAGUCCAGCUGUGCAACCACCUGCUGAGCCUGAUGAGGCCUGAGGGGCGUCCUGCCAACCAGAUGCUGGCGCUGCGGACUCUGUGUAACUGCUUUAGUGGCAGGCACGGCCGAGCCCUCCUCAUGGCCCAGCGUGAAACGGUGCUAUCACGUGCUUCCGACCUGGUCACCGUCUGCAAUAAGAACAUCCACAUUGCCCUGGCCACUCUGGUGCUUAAUUACGCUGGCUGCCUGCACAGCCAACCUGAUCUCGAGGCCAAGGCCCAGUGCCUGUCUGUGGCCAGUAGAGCUCUGGAGACGGUACAAGACAAGGAGGCUGUGUUUAGGCUGCUGGUGGCCUUGGGAACCACUGUGGCCUCAGACCAGACAGCCCAGGACCUGGCUCGCUCCCUGGGGGUCAACUCUCAGAUUUCCAAGUACUCAUCAGUGUCUGAUCCAUCUAAAGUGGCCGAGUGUUGCCAGCUGGUUUUAAAAGCACUACAGUGAUGCGAAUGAUUAGAAAAAAAGAGCACUUGUUUCUUACUAUUACUCUGUUAUGCUUAAUCAAUUGUGGUGGAGACUUAAAUAACUGUAUGUUCUGCAAUAAAAAAAGGACAAACGAAAUCUCUGCA